AUGACCAACACCAUGACCAACCUCAAGUUCAUGUUCGAUAUCAAAAAAGGGACCUUAUCACCCCACGAGCGCACCACGGACGUUAGACACGGUUCCUCUCGACCUGGAUCCACGUCGUCCUCUUCUGGUGUGGGUCAUGAUGUACACAGCGUCGUCUUCGACAUCGACAUCGACAUCGACAUCUCAUGCAUGUUGCUGUUGCUGUUGCUGUUGCUGUUGCUGUUGCUGUUGCUGUUACCGCUAACGCUGCCGCUACGCAAGGGGUUGUCCGUGCUUCGGUUCGGCCCUCAUCACCUAUCACCGCACGACAUGGAAUGGAACGGAACGGGCACCAUCUUCAUCAACGACACCAGGAGGACAAGACAAGGGACGACGCACAGAACAAGAAAAGUCAUUGUGUCAACAUAA